AUGGAAAUCGAAAUUAUGUCCACGAUCACAGCAGAAGCAACUAUUGGGAGACUAGACAACAUUUUUAACCGAUUAGGGUAUCCAAGAACAAUAACACUGGACAACGCAAAGCAAUUUGCAAGUGAAGAAUUUGAAAGUUACUGCAAGUCAAGAGGUAUAAUUCUCAACUUUAUUACUCCUUACUGGCCGCAAGCCAAUAGUGAAAUAGAGCGACAAAACAGAUCACUCAACAAACUUUUAAAAACAAGUAAUGCUCUGGGACGUGAUUGGAAAGCUGAUUUGAAGGAUUAUUUAAUGUUGUACUAUACUACACCGCAGGCAACAACAGGGAAGACACCCACAGAACUUAUGUAUGGAAGAACAAUUAGAUCCAAGAUACCAUCGGUAAAUGACCUGGAAACAGCACCACCGAACACAGACUUUGCAGACAGAGAUACUAUCCAGAAAAGAAAGGGUAAGGAAAGUGAAGAUUCUAAACGACACGCUAAAGAGUCUGAGAUUGAGGUUGGGGACACAGUGUUGGCCAAAAGGACAGAGCCGUUAAGGACGUUAGAUACUCCUUUCCAACCUAACGAGUUUACGGUUUUGAACAGAACUGGACCAAAGGUAACUAUAGAAGACAAAGCUUCAGGUUCUCUUUUCGACAGAAAUGUUGCUCAUGUGAAAAAGGUAUUGCCGUUGUCAACACCAGUUGCAGAGUGUUUGGAUAUGUCAGAAGAUAAUAACGCAGAUGGCAGUUUUCAAGAAAUGGCAAUUGAAAAACCCAGACGUUUCAAAAGAGUGCCAACGAUGAUGAUUCCGAUCUACAAAAGAAAGGGAGAUGUGGCUUGUGUAAACGUCUGCUGA